AUGGCAGCGAGGCCCCUCGGGCUCGCCGGCCGAGCACUCCUGCGACCGCUCGCCUCACCAGGCGCCCAGCGCCUGCUGUCAACUGACAAGGGCCCAUUGCAGGGCCUCAUGAACGCCGGUGAUCCGAUGAGCCGCCUCAUCAUGCAAGCACGGAACCAGACUGACGGCGGUUUUCCCCGUCAUUUUGCUGAGAACGGAUUCACAGCCGGUGGUGGAAGGAUGGGUGGAAACGGAUUUACAACUGCUGAUGGCAGGAUGGGGGGAAACGGAUUCACAGCCGGUGAUGGCAGGAUGGGUGGAAACGGAUUCACAGCCCUUGGUGGCAGGAUGGGUGGAACCGGAUUCACUGUCGGUGGUGGCAGGUCCGGCCGGUUUAACAUGGAAAUGCUGCGGCCAGCAGGGGCUCCGCGAGUAAAGAGGGACGUUCUCCACGUCACGCUCAAGGGGAAGAAGACCUUUGUGACUGUGACGGACGUCAAGGGGAACAGGAAGGCUGGGGCUUCCGCCGGCUGUUUGGAGGAUCGAAAGGGGCGGUCUCGUCUUGCUCGGUAUGCUGGUGAAGCAACAGGGGAACACAUGGGGCGAGUUGCCAGCAAGAUUGGCCUCAAGUCGGUCGUUGUGAAGGUGAAAGGAUACUCCUUUUUCAGGAAGAAGAAGAAGGUGAUCAUGGGCUUUGCGGAUGGUUUCCGUGGCGAAAGAGUGAGGACCCCGUCUCCUAUCAUGUAUGUCCACGACGUGACCCAGCUUGCGCAUAAUGGUUGCCGGCUGCCCAAAAAGGUAAGGAAGUAA